CUCCACCCUCGCCCUCUCCCUUGCACGCUUACCCGCGUGGUACUGCCCACACCUUUACAGCGGCGGCGCGAGCGGACGCCCGUCGCGUUCCUCCGCCCGCGCUCUCCAGGCUGCCCCCCUCUCUAGUGUGCGCUUGGUACAGCCCGCGCCGCCUCUCUCCCUUGCUGGGGUGGCUGCCCCCCCCCCCCUCGGGUCGGCGGCGCUUGGUGCCGCCCGGGAGAACCAGGUCAUCGGUCGGUUUCCGUGAAAACAAAAACAAUCGGCGGCGCCGCUGCGGGCAGCCGAACGCGGCGAGUGAGGACCAGGGUCGCGGGGCCGGGUGGGGAGAGCAAGCGGGAGCGGCGGCGACGCUCCCGGGGGCCGUGGGGGGGGGGGGGGCAUGGGGCAGGCGGGCACUGGCUGCGCGGGGCUCCCCCGGCGCCGCGGCUAGCGCGCCCGCUGCCUCGGCCGCUUCAGCCGCCCGCGCCGCCCGCCUGGGGGACGAGGAGCAGGACGCGGCCUCGGCCGGGCCCGGGCCGAACGGCUGCGGAUACCCGGGCGCCGGGGAGCCUGGCGCCGCCGCCGCCUCCGGGAUGGAUCAGUGCGUGACGGUGGAGCGCGAGCUGGAGAAGGUGCUGCACAAGUUCUCGGGCUAUGGGCAGCUGUGCGAGCGCGGCCUGGAGGAGCUCAUCGACUACACCGGCGGCCUCAAGCACGAGAUCCUGCAGAGCCACGGCCAAGAUGCUGAAUUAUCAGGGACACUUUCACUUGUUUUGACACAGUGCUGUAAAAGAAUAAAGGAUACUGUUCAAAAAUUGGCCUCAGACCACAAAGACAUCCACAGCAGUGUUUCUCGGGUUGGAAAAGCCAUUGAUAAGCCACUUCUUGGCUUCUGUGCAAUGCUACUGAUUUCCUACAGCCAUGCAAACGAAUUUGGUCACCUAGCAACAGAAGCUGGAACUGAUCCUAGCACUGAUGCAACAAAUUUUGAUUCUGACAUUAGCAGUGUGGGAAUAGAUGGCUGCUGGCAGGCAGACAGUCAGAGGCUGCUCAAUGAGGUGAUGGUGGAGCACUUCUUUCGACAAGGGAUGCUGGACGUAGCUGAGGAGCUCUGCCAGGAAUCUGGUCUUUCUGUAGACCCAAGUCAGAAAGAACCGUUUGUGGAGUUAAAUAGAAUUUUAGAAGCAUUAAAAGUCAGAGUUCUGAGACCUGCUCUGGAAUGGGCAGUAUCAAACCGAGAAAUGCUCAUAGCCCAAAACAGUUCCUUGGAAUUUAAACUACACAGACUGUAUUUUAUUAGCUUGUUGAUGGGCGGAACUACGAAUCAGCGAGAAGCAUUACAAUAUGCUAAAAAUUUUCAGCCAUUUGCCCUAAAUCAUCAAAAAGACAUUCAGGUUUUGAUGGGAAGCCUUGUGUACCUGAGACAAGGGAUUGAGAACUCCCCAUAUGUUCACCUACUUGAUGCAAACCAGUGGGCUGACAUCUGUGACAUCUUUACUCGGGACGCCUGUGCCCUCCUGGGGCUUUCGGUGGAGUCCCCUCUCAGCGUCAGUUUCUCAGCAGGUUGUGUGGCACUGCCAGCGUUAAUUAAUAUCAAAGCCGUGAUAGAACAGAGGCAGUGCACAGGAGUUUGGAACCAGAAAGAUGAAUUACCUAUUGAAGUGGACCUUGGUAAAAAGUGCUGGUAUCACUCUAUAUUUGCCUGUCCCAUUCUUCGUCAGCAAACAACAGAUAACAAUCCACCCAUGAAAUUGGUCUGUGGUCAUAUUAUAUCAAGAGAUGCCCUGAAUAAAAUGUUUAAUGGUAGCAAAUUAAAAUGUCCAUAUUGUCCAAUGGAACAAAGUCCAGGAGAUGCCAAACAGAUAUUUUUCUGAAGAGAUAACUUUAAUUUGCGAUUUGUAAGUGAAACUGAAUUGUGGCGCAUUUCAGAAGAGAACGUUCCAUUUAAUGCAGCUAACUGAGGACUCCCGUGUUUAUAUAAGCUAAUGCUCCAGAAACUUUGCCAACAUUUUAGUGUACACACACUGAGGGGAGUGCUCCAGAUGAAUAUUAUCAUAGGGCUUUAUUAUAUUCUUGGUCUUCAUUUUUGAUCAAGUAAAUACACCAGCAGUUGUCAUUCAAUGCAGGUUUUUGUACUUAAUUAUAUGGUGAUUUUUUUACUUUUUAAGAGCAGAAACAGAAAUCAACCUCCCUGCCAUGUGUUUAAUAUUUCUCCUGCUUUUACUUUAGUCAUUUCUUGAUAAUUGUAAGGUUUGAGAAUGUUUGUGAAAAAGUUUUACUUCCUGUUAUGUAUACAAAAUUAAAUGAAAAUUCUUCAGAAAAAGUUUGAAAAACUGAAUUGUGGUUAUAAAACUAAUUUGCAUUUGUUUUGCUUAAGGAAGAAAGCUGUGAUAGAUGCCCAGUUUGCUUUUUGGUGUUUUCCUCUGCUCCAGCUCUCCCCGAGAAGUUAGCAGACCUGCAUUUGAGCUCUGCUUGUAGCCCCAGUGGGCUGCCUGUUUCUGAUUCCAUCAUGAAUUUAGCAGGUUGGUGUGAGAAGCCUUCCACUAGAACAGAGUGGAAGGAGUACUCGUGUUUCUUUGCUUUUAUUGCCAAGAGGUGCUUGUUUUAAAAGGUGUGUUCAAUAAAAUGAAAUUCUGAAGUUAGAGGUGUUCUUAAGUUAAUAUUUGCUCUCUUGGUCUUGGUAGCCCUAUUCUCUGAAAUCUGCCUUCAGGACUUGGCUGUCUGUCUCUUUGUAUAUCAUUGCAGACACAGUGUUGUGUGUGUGUGUGUAUAUAUAUAUGUGCACCGGCAUCAAACAUUGUGUCCCUGGAAGGGAAGAAGCAUGUUCCAGUCCUAAAAUGCAGUUACCAGACUCAUUACUUUAAAUCCUUAAAGUUAGAAGUUAGCAUAUUUUCUGUAGUGCAGAAUAUGUUUAUUGCUGUUUUUGUAUUUGAAUAGUAUACCGUUCAAUGCCUCUCUUCUGCAAAGUGUAUCAUCUCAUUGACUGUGAAUCUGUAUAUUAUUCUAAUGGAUACAGAUAAUGAUCUUUUCUCUUGUGAGGUAUCUUCGUUUAAUGCACUGUCCAGAAAUAGCCAUGUGUAAGAGUCUUUCUCUAUAUGAUGAACGAACUACAUGGAAAGGACUUCUUUGGACAUACUUCUGACUUAAGCGCGUUAAGUCAGUUUGACUUAAGCGCGUUAAGUCAGUUCAUUACGAGAAGAAUGUUCUGUGGAAAUCACCAAAUAUUUUGCAACUUUAUUUCAUCUGACAUGGAACUGAACGUCAAUAUAGGAAAACUUUGAUGAGAAAACGGAGAAAGAAGAAAACACAGAAGUAAAGGACUGGGACACUUUGUGUUUUAAACUGCAGAUUGGUUUCUUCCGCAGGGAGGGAGAAAACAGGUUUGGUGCUGAGUUCACUGGAAAGUGUCAGCAUUUGCAGUAGCAUACCAGCCCAUACCAGACCAGGUGGUUUGUCCUGAAAUGUUUGUCUGGGAGAGCGGGGGUACGUCUAAAGGAAAGGAGUACCUGCAGGAGAACGCUGCUUGACUGCUGUGUGUGGUCAGGCUUCCGGGUGACCGCUUUGGGCAGCGUUAGGCUAUCCAGGCACGACGCUUGCUCUGUCCGACCUCGCCAGUCUUGGCCCCACCGGGACUUUAGCCAUGUUUCUGCUUUCCUGUUGGAACCCUCCCUAAAGUUUCCCCUCUAUCCGGUUAAGCAUUGAAGGAAGAGAGCAGAGAGAAGCUCGUUGGACUCCAUAACAGAAGGUAGAGAAUUCCAGGCAACUCUGGCUGAGGAUGUAAAACAGGUUUAUGACCUAUAUUUUCCUUUGAAUUAAAAUCCAGAGGUUGUUUGUUUGUUUGUUUGUUUACUUCUUUUUUCUCACUAGGCCAGAUUUAGCUUUACUCACAACUCUUAUUCUCACCUUUCCACCUGAAAAACGUAUAAAACAUUUAGGCUUCACAUAAGAUUUGUACAAUAUAGAUGUUGCUCUAGAGGCUGGUGGUAAAUAUUUUGGGGGGCCACACACUUCAUACAGUUGGCUCAGGCCACUUUUAAGGACAAAGUGCUCUGUCCCUCUCCCAGUGUUGGGAAUCCUGUUGACAGUUUUCUAUGCAGCUCAUGAAACUUUAAAAAGAGCAUGCUUUUCACUGAAGCAUUGGAUUUUACAGUUUCCUGUGUAAGGUCCUUACAGUCCUACUGGGCAGGGUAGGGCCAGAAAUUUGAAACUCUUGAUUUGACAUGAAAAUUAUGUCUUGUGACCUUUAACUAAAGGCAUGGGCUUAAAACAUUGGUGACGAAAUGGGACGGAGAGGUGGAUUUGACAAGGCCAGACCUUAACCAAAGAUGCUGAAAUACAACAUGUGGUCCUUUCUGCUCUGGAACCCCCUUCACCAGUGGCGUCAGGACCUUAUUGCCGAGGCCGUGUAGUCAACAGUGCAGGAGGAUGCUCUUCGCCAUGCUCUUCCUCUGUUUGCAGAAGGCCAUGACAGAGCCAAGGGUUUUUUUUUUCUAGGCAGACUAAUUAUAAUAAUAUACAUCGAAAACAGAAUUGCAGAGUGGUUUCCUCAAUUACCUUAGGAACCAUUCCAUUUAUCAGUCACGGACAAAGGCCAUGGGACUAUGCGAAACCAAGAAAACCUUAUUAGAACCUUAGAUUCUAAUUUAGCCAGAGCGUCUGUGCUUUCAAGUACAGUCUGAAAUACAGCGGCUAAAUUUGUCUUUCGAUUUUUUUCUCCUUUGUGUGAUCACAAAUGCCAUUUCUGUCGUUUUGGUGGUGAUUCUGUGAGACUUCUAAUACAUAAAUGAACGGGUAUUGGUGCCUCUUGAUUUUAAAAAUGUUGAAGAGAAGAGCCACCUCAUAUUCAUAGGGUGUGUGAGUAUUUUGUGAGUGUAUGAGCAUUUAAUUGAAAAUAAGAAAGUUAUGGAGUUAAUCUUUUUUUUUUUCUUUCUGUAGCAGCUGAUGUACACAGAGACACUAAAACCCACAGCACAUCCUGUGGGGAAUGAGGAUCCUCUUUUCUCUCCAGGCAGUCCCGCAGGCUGUGUAGUUCGUUCAGUAUUCUUGAUGCUGUGAGUUCUUUCCACCUCAGUGGUUCAGCCUUUGGGACAAUAGAUACUGCAAAAACCAAGAACUCUUGGUUAUCCGCACAAGACAAGCUGCUGGUAGACAUUAGCCCUCUGGUUUUCCAGCUCAACCUCUGAUUAGUGGACUGACAGUCGAGCUGGUCAGUUUGCGUAGUCAGCAGACUCAGGUUAUUUUCAGGGAAGGCAUGGUUUGGUUAAUUUCAUCACCAGGAUGUGUAAGGUGAAGACACAAACCAAAUACCUUUCGUUACUUAACUCUACGUACAUUAUCCUUGGUAACACUAGGAUGCUGUGGUCUUGAGCGAAUGUUAGCAAGGAACACACACGUAGAAGGUUUGGUGCUUCAUAAGCCUGUCCAGCCGUGGUGGGUUUUAUGUGGUACAGUAGUGUUUACUAUAAGCAGGUACAAACUUCAUGAACUGUUCUUACUGAACUAUGAUUGAAUAGAUACCAAAAAUAGAAUGACAAAUGUAUUUUAAUAGCAGAUGAGGCAAUUAGUUUUAGGGUGAGUUUUCCGCUGUUGAUUUUACUUCAGGGGAUAGGGAGGGAAAACAGUUUUGUUUUCAAGACCUUUCCCUCUACAGUUGUAAACUGUAGUGAGCAUAUGCUUCGUUUACUUCCAAAGAGGCAAAAGCAGCUAGAAUUGGCUUACGGCACAUGCUUUGUUUCAUGUUGUGGGUGAGGAUUUCUACUCUUAUUUUAGCAGUCCCUUCACGUUCUCCAGCAAGGCAGAUGUGGGGUUCACUAGGAUUUAGUGCCUGAUCUUUUCUUUGGGGAAGGGGUGGGAGUGAAUGUAUUGGGGAUGGGAGGGAAGCAGGAGUAGAUGGGAGUGUGAGUGCGUGUGCAUGUGUCUGAAAUUCACCAUAAUCCCCCACCUGUGUCUAGCAAGGAACAGGUAUUUAAUGUAUUUUGCUCAUGACUGCAGUGUGCAUGUAUCUUUUUUUUUUCUCCUCCGUGUUUUCUAAACUUACACUAAAAGGAUUCAUUAAAUCAUCUUGUUCAGAUGGCUCAGGAUUGUAUUUCUUUUGCUUACGCUGUGCUCUUGGGUUCUAUAGUAUUUCUAUAAUUAUGUAACAAAAAUAGUGUUGCACUGUAAUCUAUCAUAUAGAGCUAUAUGUAUGGAAAAUUUUGAUCAGUUUUUUAAGAAAUGUAUCCUGUUUGCAAAGGCACAAUAAAGUUGCAUCUUAUAGACUAUAGGCAAUAAAGCUAACAAUAAACCUUAUUUAACACAAACCAUA